AUGGCGAUUCAGAGGCUUUUACCACUAUUCUUUCUACUAAUCUCAUCCCUGACCUUUUUAGCACAAUCGCGCAGUGACACGAACCACGUGUACUCACCCUGCGCUGAUGCAAAGGUGCAGAAAUCAGAUGGGUUUAGUUUUGGAAUUGCAUUUAGUUCAAGAACAUCAUUUUUCCUCAACAGUUCAGUUCAGUUGUCUCCUUGCGAUAAAAGGCUCUCUCUUUCAUCAGCAAAUUCUCAGAUUGCUGUGUUCAGACCUAAAGUGGAUGAGAUCUCUCUCCUUACUAUCAACACUACCAACUUUUUCCCU